AAGGAAGCUUAAAUUUUGGGCUUUGACUUUAUUGUCCUCGAAGACAAAUUAUUCUCCACUAGGCAUCCAUGGACUCGCCUAGAUCAAUGUCGAAAACAGACAGCACAGCACAAAACACAACAAAUAUUACAAGACAACACAAAAUACUCAGCGGGCCUUGUUGUUAUUGGGGCCCCGAGCAGGUGAUUAGUUUUAUGCCUUGUAGGCUGCGCUUGCAUGGCGGUGUGUGAUGAGUAACAGAAAUCCUUUACUUUGAAGGUGAUGCCGGAUAUACUGUCCGUAUCCCGCCACGGCUACCUUGAUGGCGCUCGAACCUGACAGCGGAGCGACCACAGGCUGGGGGAAAGUCUUCACUCCCUCCCUCGCACUCACCGAGUCAACGGCGCCUCUCUCUCUGCCGGGUUCCGACUGAGCCUUGCGCUAGAAACAGACAGUGGGAACACAGCGACGCGGCGCCUGCUUGCCUUCAACAUGGCUGAUACAAGUUUGAACGAGUCGUCCACCGAGGACGUCGCCAACAGGUUUGCUCGCAAAGGAGCCCUGCGGCAGAAGAACGUCCACGAAGUGAAGAACCACAAGUUUACAGCCAGGUUCUUCAAGCAGCCCACGUUCUGCAGCCACUGCACGGACUUCAUAUGGGGCUUUGGAAAGCAAGGAUUCCAGUGCCAAGUUUGCUGUUUUGUGGUCCAUAAGAGGUGCCAUGAGUUUGUCACAUUCUCCUGCCCGGGAGCUGAUAAGGGGCCAGACACAGAUGAUCCCCGAACGAAACAUAAAUUUAAGCUCCACACCUUUGGGAGCCCGACCUUCUGUGACCACUGUGGCUCUCUGCUGUACGGCCUGAUCCACCAGGGCAUGAAAUGUGACACAUGCGAUAUGAACGUCCACAAGCUGUGUGUCAUGAAUGUGCCCAGCCUGUGUGGGACCGACUACACAGAAAGGAGGGGGCGCCUUUUCCUCAAGUGUGAGGUCACCGGAGAGAAGCUGCAGGUCACAGUUGGUGAAGGCAGGAAUCUGAUACCAAUGGACCCCAAUGGCCUGUCUGAUCCCUAUGUCAAACUCAAGCUCAUACCUGAUCCCAAAAAUGAGACCAAGCAGAAGACCAAAACUAUCCGCUCCAACCUCAACCCCAAAUGGGGCGAGACUUUUACCUUCAAACUGAAAGCCACGGACAAGGACCGCAGGCUCUCCGUGGAAGUGUGGGACUGGGAUCGGACAACCAGGAAUGACUUUAUGGGUGCCCUUUCCUUUGGUGUGUCGGAGCUCAUGAAGGCUCCGGCCUGUGGCUGGUAUAAGUUGUUGUGCCAGGAGGAGGGGGAGUAUUACAGUGUCCCCAUCUCGGAGGAGGAUGAUGGGAACGAAGAACUGAGAUUGAAAUUUGAGAAAGCCAAGCUGGGCCCUGCAAAAAAGGCUACGACCGAGACAGACGGCAGGCCAUCCAGCCAGCUGCCGAUCAGCAGCUUGGACCAGGUCAAACUCAGUGACUUCUCCUUCUUGGCUGUACUUGGGAAAGGCAGCUUUGGCAAGGUCAUGCUGGCAGAGAUGAAGGCCACGGAAGAGCUGUAUGCAAUAAAGAUCCUGAAAAAGGACGUGGUGAUUCAGGACGACGACGUUGAAUGUACCAUGGUGGAGAAGAGAGUCCUGGCCCAGCAGGAGAAACCGCCCUUCCUCACACAGCUACAUUCGUGCUUCCAGACUGUGGAUCGUCUGUACUUUGUCAUGGAGUAUGUGAAUGGAGGGGACCUCAUGUAUCACAUCCAACAAGUGGGGAAGUUCAAGGAACCGCAGGCAGUGUUCUAUGCAGCAGAGAUCGCCAUUGGUCUCUUCUUCCUUCACAGUAAAGGAGUCAUCUAUAGAGACCUUAAGUUGGACAACGUGAUGCUUGACAGUGAGGGGCACAUUAAGAUUGCUGACUUUGGCAUGUGUAAAGAGAACAUGUGUGAUGGAGUGACCACUCGCACCUUCUGUGGUACUCCGGACUACAUCGCCCCUGAGAUUAUUGCAUAUCAGCCAUAUGGACGCUCUGUCGACUGGUGGGCCUAUGGAGUGCUUCUAUAUGAAAUGUUAGCUGGACAGCCUCCUUUUGAUGGAGAGGAUGAAGAUGAGUUGUUCCAGUCCAUUAUGGAGCACAAUGUGUCAUACCCAAAGUCCUUGUCCAAAGAGGCUGUUUCUAUCUGCAAAGGGCUAAUGACCAAGCAUCCAUCCAAGCGUUUGGGUUGCGGCCUUGAAGGAGAGCGGGAUGUCAGAGAGCAUGCCUUCUUUAGACGUAUUGACUGGGAACGCCUUCAGAACAAGGAGAUACAACCGCCCUUCAAGCCCAAACUGUGUGGCAAAGGAGCCGAGAACUUUGACAAAUUCUUCACACGCACGCAGCCUCAGUUGACACCUCCUGAUGAGCUGGUGAUCGCCAACAUCGACCAGGCCGAGUUCGCAGGGUUCUCCUUCAUAAACCCGCAGUUUGUACACCCAUCGCUCAACAGCAGCGCAUGAGCGGGAUGGCCAAAACGCUUCACCCCUUCCAUACCAUAGCGUGAAAGAGCUCUUCUCCUCACUCCCAUCCACUAAAACUAAGCAACAGCCUAACAUAUGACCACCACUUGACAUUACAAAACCUGAUGUAUCAUUUCUAAUCACAAGCAGGAUUGUAAGGGCAUGUUUAUUGUUUUUUUUUCAUUUUAUUUGUGGUAUUGUUUGCAGUCUAAGUUAAAUUUUAUUCAGACUCUGCUGCCACAAAUAGUAAUUUCUUUUAAUGUAAUAACGAGCAUGUGUUGUGUACAUAGACGUCCUUUUUAUUGAAUGUUUACUCCCAGACUGGACGCACUGAGACAAAAUAGUGUUUAUCAAUGCCAGUAUAUGAUGUAAGUAAAGGAUUACAUUAAUUUGUGGGUAUGUAUUAGCGAAGCAAGGCCAUUUCAAAACCAACAUUCAAAGCAUGGGUUCAUCCUGUAGAAGAUGCAUGUACUGUAUGACUCAAGAAGCAUCCUCAUCCACACAUACAUCUAGUUGUUGGCUCUCAGUUUGAUUUUUUUUAAUGAAGAAUCAAGAAUAGCCUGAAGGUGGUUCUGCCUGGGGGAGCAAAGCUAUCCUAGCCAAAUAUGAAGGAGAGAUGGUGCAGACAUUGAAAAAGCACCUUGUGAUUCGAUGUUCCUGUAUUAUGUUUACAGCUUUCUGCCUGUUCAAUUUAUUUAUGACUGUAAGAUUUUAGGAGUGAGUCUACUGAUUUUCUCAAUUGCCAAUGGUUGGAAAAAUUACGUCUAAUUUUAAUACAUGAUGCAUCAGAACCUGAAAAAGGGGUAUUAUUCUUUUGCCACAACUAGCUCCAAAUUACAAAACCCUGCAACGCUUCAAAUCUCUGAAUUUCUCUGCAGAGCAAACAAUCUCUUAAUAAUUAUUUGCACACAUUUAUGAACACUUCUGACUCUUAACUCACCGGACACAAUUAUAUUUUCUUCAUACCUUUCAAAAUAAUACUAAAUGUUUACAAUGUGUCUCCAGCGGUCUCUAAAAAAAUACUCAGACAUUUAAAUCCUGCUAAGAGUAAAAAACUAAAUAAAUAUCAUCAAAAUAUAUGAUAUGAAACCUUGGUUUCCUGGAUAAAGCAGUUACUGGAUAAUAAAGAUGCAAUGUUUGAUUUUUUUUUCUUACUGUCCAUUAGAAAUAAAUAGUGAUUAGAUUUAUUUCAAAAGUAGAAUUUUCUUUUUUUGUUUCUAUGUGUGUUUCAGAGCUAUUCCUGCUUGUAUCCCCCACCCACUAUUUCAUUUGUAAUUAGAAAUUAGAAAUAUAACUAAUUUGUAAAUAAUAAUUGUGGGUUAUUUAAAAAGAGUCUAGCAAAGUUUUAUUCUCACACCUAAAUGUGCUUUUCUUACAUGUUACUGUUAAGAAAGUGCUAUUCAACAACAUCUUCAAAUGAAAGUGGACAAAACUUUGCAAUUUCCUCAUUCAGAAUGAUUUCACACUGUUUAGAUUCAUUUGAUUCUCUCUCUCUCUUUCUCUCUCUCUCUCUCUCUCUCUCUUUAUCUAUAUAUAUUAUGUCAAUCAGAUCCAACCUUCUCAUGCUUCUUUGAUAAGGUUUUUUUUGGGGGGUUGGACUUUUAGCACACGUCCCCACUGGCCCAGAGUUCUUCACUUAGACCAGCACAACGUGUUAUGAGAAUUUAGGAGCAUUUUAUGAAUUAAAUGCAGUGAAAUCAUUCAUUUAAAUAAGGUUUUCCGCCCCAUUAACAAUGAACUUUAACACAGUCAAUUAGAGGAUUUUUGUUGAAAGUAUCAAUAAAAAAGGAAUAUUUUUUGUUCAAUUAUUCCACAGAUUCGCGUUUUGUUAGAUAAAUAUAACAGGGUUUACGUUAAUAUUGUUCUAUUAACCACCAGAAUACCAUUGCAUAGAAACCAUAAGAAUGUUUAGAGUAAAAAUCGUUUGUACUCUUUUACGAGCGUCUCUAGUAUUGAAAAAUUGAGGUUAAGAAACACCUCCUCGGAAAAAUAUUGUCUCUAGUUACGAAGGAAAAAAGGAAAAUUCAGUAUACGAAAAGCAAAAAUAGGUGCUGCAUUCACAGGCCCCAAAUUCCACUGACCGUAAACAUCCUGUAUCUUGGUUUGUGUGGUGCGAUAGAACAGCUCUCCCAUUAGCUAUCACCGUAGCAUCUUCCUGACAUCCCAUUGGCUAGGAGGGACGUCAAUCUUUACAGACGACGCACAUCCUGUAUCUUGGUUUGUGUGAUGUGAUAGAGCUGCCCUUUGUGUUUUUUUGCAAAUUUAUUCACCAUGGGCCCCAAGAAACUUUAGUGGAAUUAAGUGGCGCACAUGCGUACAUUAGUACGCACGUUUUCUCUCGGCGGUCAAACGUUUGCAUCCUCCUCCUCUGUCCCCCACGAUGCCUUUUACUUGUUCUCACUGUUCUCUUCGCAGUCACCCAACGCCAAAGGUACAUUUACAUUAUGUACUUUGAAUGCUUAAUUUUUGGGGGGGGAGGCAGCUGGGAAUGGAGCAGAUUAGGCUAUUUACAGUACAUGUAAAAAGCGCUUUUGGUUAUGAAAAAGUCACAUUACGAAAUGACUUCUAAAACAAAUUAGUUUCAUAAGUAGAGGUACCACUGUAUUUGUAAUACGCUGACUGCAAGGUCCCCCUAUUUGUGAAGCUUUGCAAAUAUUCAGAGCUCACGCGGGUUCUCAAUUUGUCCAACUUUCUACUAAAUGUUUACAACACCAGUCCUUCUGUUCCUUUUGUAUCUGUAUUUUUUUUUGUUUUAACAAAUCCACCUCCUAGAUGUGGUACUGUUAAACACUUGAGCAUUGUGAUUUUUAGUGCUCCUUUAGUACUACUUGUUAUGUCACUAUAAAUCAGUGGGACCACUAGUUAAUGUCUCAAUAAUGGCAACCCCAUUUGAAAUGUUUAUUUUAUCUGUGUUGCUUUUGUGUGGCUAUUCUCAGUAAUCUCUCCAGUUUCUUCAAGUAAAGCAAGAAUGAAUGAAGAAAAAAUCUGUGACAUAUCUGAUAUAGAGCAUAUAGAAAAUCCUCUUGCAUGUGCCGUGUGCAAGCCUUUUAGUGCACGAGUUGUAGUUUUUUGUCAACGUCUCCUUUCUUGUACCACACCUGCUGCUGGCCACAAACCAACACACACAAGCACUUUUACCUGACAAGCUUGUCACAUACCAUACAAACAACAUAAAGUACACGGUGCUUCCAUUUGCCUCCUGACUCGCCUCACAAGCCUAAGGCUGACUUUGGUCUGAACACGUUUCAAACUAGUGAAGCAUGUUGAUUUGACAUCCACGUUGACUAUAAGUGAGACAGUAAGUGAGAAAAGGUACUUUGUGUAGCCAACAACUUUAUCCUUGUCUGAGUUGGCUCUGUUCAGUAACGAAACACAAGGCCAUCCUUGUAGUUGAACCCUAUGCCUUGCUUCCCAUUUGCUUUCCUCACACAAAAGUCAAACUAGUCGAAAUGUUAGAAUUCAAGCUCUCCCUGCAUGUCUGCCUUUCCCCUCAUAAACAUCAUUUGCUUUCGUUUGGUUGUAUGCAAGUUUCUUCAGUUUCAAUUUUAACAUCAUCACACAGUGUUCCACUCCAUGUGUCGGAUGAGUGGCCGUGUUUUCCAUGAAAGGCAAAGUUUUUGAGUUGACGGAUAUAAAAUUUUGUUGACUGCUUUUUAUUGAUUUAUAUUUUGACAUCCUAUCCUGAAAAUUAAACAGCAUUUGUCAGACUUUUACUGGAAAAUAAAUCACAUUGCGCAAAUGUACAGUGUUUGCCCUCAGCUUUCCCACAAGGUUUUCAAUACUGUUUUUCUCAUUAUGGCGAUAUAGACACAACGUGCUUGACAUAGCUGAACAAAUCCUAAUAACUGAAGCACCAAACUCAAGUCAUUGUAUAUAAUUCUUGCUUCUUUUACAUUGACUUGCAUCUCAUCACUGCAAAUAAAACACAUGUCUCAGUUUGUUUGUUUUUUAUAACAAAGAAAACGUCAUUUUUAUCAGCUUUGAAUAUGGAACCACUAAAUGUGGAUAGAAAUUCUUUUGAUUGGACAAUGAUGAUCUCAAUGGUUGGCAAGGGAAUAAAUGAGUUUAAAAAUACGCAAGAACAUGUUCAAUUGCUUAUUUUAGGAACAUAGAAAAGGAAGAUGCCAAUAUGUGGGAAAAGAAACCAAAACACAAAGAAAAAGUGCUAAGUGUGUUAAAUUGUGAUUAUUUAAUUGACGAGUUUCCUGUUCUUUGGGUUCUUCUCAUUGUUUAUAUUGAACUCACCGCUCGACAGCUUUCCGCCAUCUUGUCCUCAUUGCCUGUGUCUCGUUAAUCCAUCACCUGAUCAACAGUGCAAGCAUCAAGCACCUGUUUUGGGUCUUUUGAUUUCCUUAAUUCCCACAUGCAUGAACGCACACUCAUUCACAUCCGUACACACCCAUUCACAGCAUGCAAAUUGUUCUUCUAAUUGCCUGAAAUAGAUUUUAACAGCCAUGGGCAUCUUAGUGUUUUAUGUUGUUUACAUUUGAAUCUUUUUUUUUUCUUAAAUAAUAAUGGCCAGAUAAAAAUGAAGUCAUCUUAACUGUAAAGUGUGAGUGAGUGAUCUACUUUUUCUUAUACUACUGCUCCUUUACUGUCGGCACGUGAUAAGGCUUUAGAUGAACCCUGUUGUCUCUUCAAAGAAAUGAGUUAAUGCCAGUUAAGAGAUGUGAAGGGCGUGUCCUCUUUUUGAAUGGGGGCAGGAAUGCCUUUUUACUGAACUCAUCGCACAAUCCCUUGCUGUCCUUUUUCAUAAACCUAUUCCAGUAGAUGCCUAUGUAGACAAUAAAAGAAGGAUUACUUUGUAUUGUGCAAACGUUUAGUCUUUUUCCUUGUCAGGGUGAAAUCUUUAAAAUGACUGAGCAACCUAUCUUGUAACUCUGUGUCAUUUGUACCUAAUGUAUGAUAAUGCAAAUAAAAGUAAGGAAAUUGAAGUUCA